AUGGAAAGCACUGAAGAGGACACUGAUGCCUUUAUCUCACAAACUGAGAUGAGUCCUGUUGAGAUGAGGCAGUCAGUUCCUUACUGGGAGUUAGAACACAUCAAACAACAACACUUCCAGUACCUAAAGGAUUUUGUAAUGUCAGGAAAGUGUGCUCAGGCUGUUAAGGCCCUUGCAGGAAACGAAAAUGAAAUGCCUCAAGAAGAUACGUUAUACACUGAAGAGGAAGUUGAUGCUAUGAUCUCAGAAAUAAUGGAACGGACUGCUUGGGAUGUUGCUGAGCUGAGGGACUUAAUCCAUUGCUGGGAGGCAGAAAGUGCCACAUCCUACGAUGACUCAUACAUUGAAACAAGGAUCCAGCGAUACCUGAAGGAUUUUUUUGAGAUGAGGCGAAAGGAUGCUGAACAUCGUGGGGAAAAUUGUAGACCACAAGGUAUAGGAAGCACUGAAGCACCCAGCACACAGUGUAUGAAACCAGAGCUGCCUGCUAGGUGCUCGUCCAUCAAACCAAACAUUGCGGCAACCAAAAAGAUCCAGAAGGCAGUGGGGACAAUGGACUCCUCCUCGACCAAACCAAAGGUUGCAGCAACCAAAAAGACACAGAAGGCAGUAGAGACACUGGACUCCUCCUCAACCAAACCAAAUGUUGUGGCAAACAAAAAGACAAAAAAGGGAGUAGAGACACUGGACUCCUCCUUGACCAAACCAAACAUUGCAGCAACCACAAAGACAAAGAAGGGAGUAGAGAUACUGGACUCCUCCUCAACCAAACCAAAAGUUGCAGCAACCAAAAAGACCAAGAAGGGAGUAGAGACACUGGACUCCUCCUUGACCAAACCAAACGUUGCAACAACCAAAAAGACAAAGAAGGGAGUAGACACACUGGACUCCUCCUCAGCCAAACCAAAAGUUGCAGCAACCAAAAAGACCAAGAAGGGAGUAGAGACACUGGACUCCUCCUUGACCAAACCAAACGUUGCAACAACCAAAAAGACAAAGAAGGGAGUAGACACACUGGACUCCUCCUCAGCCAAACCAAAAGUUGCAGCAACCAAAAAGACAAAGAAGGGAGUAGAGACACUGGACUCCUCCUCAGACAAACCAAAAGUUGAAGCAACCAAAAAGACAAAGAAGGGAGUAGAGACACUGGACUCGUCCUUGACCAAACCAAUCACUGCGACAACCAACAAGACACAGAAGGCAGAUGAAAAUUUUCAGGAUGAGACAGGAAGAGAGGACAUUGUGAGAACUGCUGCCAUUAGUGAGGUGGAGCACUCCAGUCCUUAUCUGGUGGACAGCUCUUUUGAGACAAACAGUGUUGAGGCUGUGACAACUGAUGCCAUAUCCUUUGUGCAAGACACAAAUGAGAAAGGAAUGACGGGCCAUAUUUCUUCAGUCUCCACUGACAUAUCUGAAACCAGUGAAUCAGAGAAUGUCCCAGAGAAACCAGACAGAAAGACAUUUGGUCAACGAAUGAAGAAGGCACUGAAGAAACUUGUCAGCAAAAAGGUUUCUUCAGAUUCACAAUUUAAUGACGAUGUGACUGUUGAAGUCUCAAAGGACUCAGAACUAUUGGAAGAGGGAGGAAGCACUCGGUUUUCUGAGGGGGCAAAGGAAUCAGCAGCAGACCAGGAUUUGGAGGAUAGCAUGGGUGAGGUGUUAUGGACCAUUGCUGUCACUGAGGUCGAGGAGUCACAUCCUGAUCUGGCAGAAAGCUUUUCUUGCGCCAUCGAUGAGACGUCUAGUCCUGAAAAAGAUAGUUGCUCUGUGACUCUGGAGGUAGAUACAACAAGUGCAGAUUCACAAGAUACAAGAAAUGUUCAAGUUGUGAGAACUGCUGACAUGACAGAGGAGGAGGAGUUCUUAUCUGAACUGAUCGAUAGGUCAGUCAGCUCAUUUCUGGAAAAGACAAAAGUAGAAGAUGACAUGGGUGAGAAAGAGAUAAUGGAUAGUGCAUCUCCAGCCUCCGCAGAAUUGUGUGAAUCACAAAAUGUCUCAGAGAAACAAGACGGAAAGAAUUUUGUUAAACAAAUGAAGACAGCACUGAAGAAACUUUUCAGCAAAGAGGUUUCUUCAGAUUCACAAUUUUAUGAGGAUGAGACUGUUGAAGUCUCAAAGGACUCAGGACAUUUAGAAGAGGGAGGAAGCACUCGGUUUUCUGAGAGGGCAAAGGAAUCAGUAGCAGACCAGGAUUUGGAGGAUAAGAUGACAAGUGAUGGGGCUUUAAGGACCAUUGCUGUCACUGAGGUGGACGAGUCAAAUCUUGACCUGCCAGAAAGCUUUUCUAGGGCCCUCGAUGAGAUGUCUAGUCCUGAAAAAGAUAGUUGCUCUGUGUUGAUCCUGGAGGUGGAUGAGACACAUGCAGAUCAGGAUUCACAAGACACAAGAAAUGCUGAAGUUGUGAGAACUGCUGCCAUGAUGGAUGAGUCGUCCUCCUCCAAAGUGGUUGAUAAUUCAGUCAGUUCAGAUCUGGAACAGGCAAACGUAGAAGACACAGAUGAGAAAGAGAUGAUGGAUCGUGCAUCUUCAACCUCCCUUGAAUUGUCUGAAUCAGCCAGUGAAUUUGAAAAUGUCUCAGAGAAACCAGAGAGACAGACAUUUGUUAAACACAUGAAGACAGCACUGAAGAAACUUUUCAGCAAAGAGGUUUCUUCAGAUUUAAAGUUCAAUGACAAUGAAACGAUGGAAGUCUCAAAGGACUUGGGACCUUUGGAAGAGUGUGGAAUCAUGUUUCCUGAGGGGGCAAAGGAAUCAGUAACAAACCAGGAUUUGGAGACUAAGAUGACAAGUGAUGGGGCUUUAAGGACCACUGCUGUCACUGAGGUGACGGAAUCCAAUCUUGACCUGACAGAAAGCUUUUCUUGUGCCCUUGAUGAGGUUUCUCUACAGUUCUGUAACAAUGGGACUGUUGAAGUGUCAGGUGUCUCAAAGGACUCAGGACAUUCAGAUGAGGAAGGUAAUGAAGUAAUGGAGGCAGAAACAGACCACAAAUUCCAGGUUAAGGUUCUGAGAAUUCAGGUCAUUAGUAAGUCCUCAUCUCUGGACUUGUUGGACAACAUUUUUCCUGGGUCCUUGGAGAAAACACCUAAUCCUCAAGAGAAGAGUUUCAGUGAAUGUCACCUGGAUGAAAUUGAAGACCAGGACUUCAAGGAUAAAACAGGAGGAGAUCAGGACCCUCAACUUGAGGACACCAACCCUGAUGUGAUGGACAGCUCUUCUAAAUGGCCAGAGGAAACAUCCAGCAAGAAACACUUGGAAGAGGACGGACUUAGUGUGAUUGACCUGGCAUUCGAGAAAGAAACAGGAAGUGAUCAGGUUCUGAGUGACACCACCACCUAUGAGGAAGAGGAGGAGGAGGAGACCACCCUUGACAUGGAAAGCAGUUCCCCCAAAUUUUCUGAGAAAAUGUCCAGUGAAGUAGCUUUCAAAGAGGAUGGACACACUGUCUUUUCCGAGGCUGAAGUUGAAUCAACAGCACAACAAAGCACUCUGAAUUCCCCCCAGUCCACAUGUUCCAGAAUAGUAGGAGAAUUCUUCCAGGGUCUCACUGACAAGCAAUGGCGAGAAUUAAGUGAAGGUGUGUACAACACUGAUGUGAAGGAGAAGCUCCUGCAAAUGUGCUUGGUUGUGAUGACUUUCAUCAGAGAUUCUGUCUUUGAAAUCCUUUCACUGUCCAUGUGUGGAUCAUCCACAUCCUCUAGUGAACCCACCAUGACAGCUCUGAUGUCCUCUGAACACCUGAUGGAGUUUGUCAACUACGACAUUUACAGUAGUGUGGAAACCUCCCUAAGUGAGGCUUUCUGUGAUGUGACUGGUGGGGACGUUCCUGUCACAAUUAAGCCUGAGUUCACAGAGGCCAUAGUGAAAGAGGUCAUCGACAAGAUCAACUCUUCCUUUACUACAAACACACAAGCUACUAGAGUGAAGGGAGACUGGUUCAACAGAAUCUUGAAUGGUGCGAUUUCAACCAUAAGCACUUUCCUCACUGGACACGGCCAUGCCAUUAAGACAAGAGUCAAAUCGGCACCAACACAUCGAGAGCCUUUCCAUGGACAGCAGAGAUUGAGGACCCAUCCUGUUCCAAGUGAAGACCCUGAACCAAGCAGAAAGAAAGGGAAGACCAAAAGACCUCUGCAGAGGAGACUCUUCUGUUGCUGUUGCUGAAGAACUUGAUUUUAGCCUGCACCCAUCUCUUCUAUCUCUUCUUCUUAACCCCCUCUAACUAACAAAAUGUGUCUUUGAAUGUGUUUUUUUCACACCAACCAGUCCACCUUGAGCCUGGUUCUGUCGGAGGUUUCUUCCUGUUAAAAGGAGUUUUACUUUCCUACCGUUCUUUACUCAAGUUUGGAACUUCUGGCUUUUAUCUCCCUCUAUCUCCCUAUUUGUUAUUAUUGCAUGUUUUAAAAAAAAAAAUUAAUAAAAAUUAAAUAAAAUAUAAAAAAAAAAUGCUUGUGAUUUGCAUCUGUUAACAACAACUGCUCCUAGAAAGCUUACAAUAUCUCUUUGGCUGUAGUCACUCCAGAGACCGAAUGUAGCCUCACUCCUACAACU